UCCUCCCCCUCCGUCCCCUUCUUCUUCUUCUUCUUCCUCUCUCUCUCUCUCUCUCUCUCUCUCUCGGAUCUCGCCGUAGUGAGCGCGAACUGCGAUCCGACAUUCUCCAUCGUCGAUCUCGAUCUCAGAGUGUAGUGAAUCCCAAAUUUGAGAGGGAUGCAGCAUCUACCAGCGACGGUGGAGGAGCAGCUGAUUCUGAAGUCGAUCCGAGAGGAAUGCCUGUGGGAGAAUCUCCCGAAGCGGCUCCAAGCAACGCUGACCACAAAAGAGGAAUGGUACCGAAGGGUUAUAGAUUAUUGCAUCAGGAAACGAUUGCAAUGGAAUACCUGUUUUGCACGUAAAGUAUGCAAAGAAGGUGAAUAUUAUGAGGAGAUGAUGCGUUAUCUUCGUAGGAGUCUUGCAUUGUUUCCGUACCAUCUUGCAGAAUAUGUCUGCCGUGUCAUGAGAGUCUCACCAUUCAGAUAUUACUGCGAUAUGCUUUUUGAGGUGAUGAAGAAUGAGCAACCAUACGACAGUAUUCCCAACUUCAGUGCUGCAGAUGCCCUGAGGCUUACUGGAAUUGGACGAAAUGAAUUUAUUGAUAUUAUGAACAAAUGCAGGUCGAAGAAAAUAAUGUGGAAGUUAAACAAAUCCAUUGCAAAAGAGUUGUUGCCUACACAACCUGUGGACUUCUCAAUUGAACCAUGGUGGGGAGUUUGCCUCGUUAACUUCACAUUGGAGGAAUUUAAGAAACUCACAGAAGAAGAAAUGGCAACAAUAGACAAAAUCUGUAAGGAGGAAGCCAACUCUUUCGUCCUUUUUGAUCCUGACAUCAUAAAAGGUCUAUCUAAAAGAGGAUUAAUAUACUUUGACGUGCCUGUUUAUCCUGAUGACCGUUUUAAAGUUUCCAGGCUUGAAGGAUUUGUUUCCAACCGGGAGCAGUCUUAUGAAGAUCCAAUCGAAGAGUUACUAUAUGCUGUCUUUGUUGUAUCAAGUGAGAACGCCACUGUCGCUGAGUUGGCUGCCACGUUGCAGGCCGAUCUGACCCAGCUUCAGGCUGCUGCCUCAUUUGCUUGCAGGUUGGGCUGGGCUGUAAAGCUUAUAGACCCAGACUCUGUUCUUCGAGAUUCAAACAUGCCCAGCUUGCCUGCUAAUAUCCUAAGCGACGAUGAAGAUGGUUCGAAUACUAGUAUCAACUCAGAAAAAUCAGGCCCACAAGUCCUCGGUUCUGGGAUAGAAAAACCAAGGCCAAUUUCUAGCACUCCCCAUGUUGCAUUUGUUGUGGAUGCGAAUAUCACUUCGUAUUUGAUGAUGGGGUCGAUCUCACCAGGUUUGAAGUCUCAUGCUGUAACACUGUACGAGGCAGGAAAAUUAGGUGACUCUAGUAUUGCUGACCUUUGCAAAGAUCUGGCUAGUUUAGAAGGAAAAAAAUUCGAAGGUGAAUUACAGGAAUUUGCCAAUCACGCAUUUAGUCUUCGAUGCGUCCUUGAGUGCCUUCAAUCUGGUGGGAUAGCCUCCAAUGAAAUGGCCAAUAAUAAAACUAGCAAUGAAAUAAAUGACGAGAAUUCAUUUCUUGAUGAGGUUAAGGCCCUCUCAACUGAUAUCAAUAUUGAUGAAUCUGACAAACUUUACCAUGACGUCAGUUUAGAGAUCGAUCGCUCUCAAAGUGAAGCAGGUUCUGUAAAUAGUUCAGCUUCUGAAAAACCCGUUUUGAAGAGGAAAAGAAAAUACCGGGUUGAUAUUCUCCGCUGCGAGAGCUUGGCAGCUCUUGCACCAGCAACUCUAGAACGGUUAUUCCUUAGAGAUUAUGAUAUCAUUGUUUCUAUGAUUCCCCUUCCUUCUUCGCCUGUUUUACCUGGGCCUUCGGGCCCAAUUCAUUUCGGCCCACUUUCUUAUUCUUCGAUGACACCUUGGAUGAAGAUGGUGCUGUAUUCAGCUGUAAAUUGUGGUCCAUUAUCUGUUGUUCUUAUGAAAGGGCAGUUUCUUCGACUGCUUCCUGCACCGUUAGCAGGUUGUGAAAAAGCACUCAUAUGGUCAUGGGAUGGAUCAGUAAUAGGAGGAUUAGGCGGGAAAUUUGAGGGCAAUUUGGUCAAAGGGAAUAUAUUAUUACAUUGCUUAAACUCAAUGCUUAGGUAUUCAGCUAUUUUGGUUCAACCACUGGGUAAAGAUGACCUUGAUGCCAAGGGGAAAAUUGUUACAAUGGACCUCCCACUACCAUUGAAGAAUUCUGAUGGAUCAAUGGCACCAGUAGGAUCAGAGUUGGGGCCGCCUGAGGAAGUUUCAAACUUGAAUUCGCUGUUAAACGAUCUCUCCAGCAAAAUCGAUUUGUUGACGGUGGGUUAUAUUCGCCUUUUGAGACUUCAAAAGCAAAGCGACUCUGACACAUUUCUGCCGGAUAAUGUAAAAUAUGAAUGGGUUCCACUAAGUCUAGAAUUUGGCAUCCCUUUAUUCAGCCCAAAGUUAUGUGGAAGGAUAUGUGAAAGAAUUGUUUCAUCGAAUUUACUACAGAGCGAUAUGAUUAAUGAGCACCAUGAUGCAAUGCAUGGGCUAAGAAAGAGGUUAAGGGAAAUUUGUAAUGAAUACCACGUGACAGGUCCCACUGCCAGGCUAUUGUAUCACAGAGAGCGAGUGGAGGAGUCUCCUCGCCACCUAAUUAAUUACGCCAGUGGGAGAUGGAGCCCUCUUUUAGAUCCUUCGACACCGAUUUCUGGAGCCUCGAAUGAGCACCAGAGGCUGAAGCUUGCCAGAAGGCAUAGAUGUCGAACUGAAGUUUUAAGUUUUGAUGGGAAUAUUCUCAGGUCAUAUGCACUCGCUCCUGUAUAUGAAGCUGCUACGAGACCUAUUGAAGAAACCACAACUUCCUCCAGUACUGUAAAAACUGAAUCAGAUGACGCAGAUACUAAAGAUGUAGUGCUUCCAGGUGUCAGUUUGUUGUUCGAUGGGGUGGAGUUGCAUCCAUUUGAUAUCGGUGCUUGCUUGCAGGCUAGACAACCUAUUGCAUUAAUAGCGGAGGCUUCAUCCGCGUCAGCCUCUUUUCAUACAACCAGGGCUUCAUGAUCAAAUGCUGUUUAUAUGAUGAUUGUUAUAGUGAACACUCAUUUUUUAUCGUUGGAAAUUUGAUGCUCCCAUGCGAAAGGACAGCUAUCAAGGACCUCUCUGCCGUUUCAGUUAUUUGUGAGAAUGGUUCGAAAUGAAUUACGCCUAUAAAUUAACCGGUCCAUUUGUUGAGCUUCUGUCUCCGUGUUUCUCGCACCCAAAACAGGGUGAGUUUUGUUCGAUUGUUCGCAGAAAGAUACACGCAGUGCGACAAUUUCUUUGCAUUGAUUUGUUCGGAUCAUAGAGAAUGUUGCUUUAGCCUAUGUGCAUUCUUUUUCCCUUUUUUCCAUUUUCUUUUUCUCUAUUUUUUUUUUAUCCUUUUGUCUUUGGGUAAUUAUUUGCAUUACUACCAUUCUCUACUUAUGUUUCUGAGGUUUCUUUUGGAUCAGUGUAUCAUUACUUAUAUAUUCCGAAAAAUAUAUAGUUAAUUUUUAUGUUCAA